GGAGGCGUGGCCGACAAUUAGGUCACAUGGACGAGCCCACGAUGUCGAACAUUUAGUUCUCCUGCCUGACUGGAGAGUCACACAACACACUGGAGCUGCACCGACCUGGACGUCUCUCUCUCCAUCACUCAGACCUGCAAGAUUAGUCACAGAAAACCCCAAAAACUCCUGAUAUGAGCACGCAUUGAUUUUGUUUUUCCUCAGUGAGAUUUUGCAAAACAGUUGCAUCCUCUGUUGCAGAAUUUGUGUCCUUUUUUCAGUCCUUUUUUUUCCUCUCCCCACUCGAUCUGAUGCCUGAGGACAUGGGGACAACCAAGCCUGGAGGCGUCAUCGCCUACAUUUCCUCCGGCUCGGCCUCCAGCCCGGAGUACUGUAUGAUGAGCGCCAGCCCCGGCCGAGGCUCCCUCUCCACGCCGCAGCCGGUCGCCCGCGCGUCGCUGCCCAGCCGUGCCGUGGGCAUGGUGGUGGACAUCUCACCGCCGGCCAAGAACGGCAACCAGCGCGGAGGCCACGGCGCCGAGAAGGCCGGGCGCUCCUCCACAUCGUCCAAGAGCAGCAUCACCAAAAUUAACGGCAUGGUGCUGUUGUGCAAGGUGUGUGGUGACGUGGCGUCGGGCUUCCACUAUGGCGUCCACGCCUGCGAGGGCUGCAAGGGCUUCUUCAGGAGGAGCAUCCAGCAGAACAUCCAGUACAAGAAGUGUCUCAAGAUGGAGAACUGCACCAUCAUGAGAAUCAACAGGAACCGCUGCCAGCAGUGUCGUUUCAAGAAGUGUCUGUCCGUCGGCAUGUCCAGAGAUGCUGUCAGAUUUGGUCGCAUCCCAAAGAGGGAGAAGCAGAGGAUGCUGCUGGAGAUGCAGAACGCCAUGAACAACAUGAUGAGCAACAACAGCCAGCUGCACAGCAUGCUGCACGGCCACCAGAGCCCGCCGCUGCCCAUGGACGCCAUGACCAGCGACGCCGGCUCCUCGCCUUCGUCCUCCUCCACCUCCUCAUCCGCUCCCGACUCCCCGUCAUGCUCCAACCCUUCCUCCCCUCAGUGCCCCCGGGACUCUGAGUCCGUGGUUUCCAUGGACACCAACUCCAGCUCCGCCUCCUCCUGCGCGUCGGACAGCGGCGAGGACGAUGGCGUCACGGUCACCGAGAGGAGGCGGCGGCACAGAGACGCCCUCGCGUACAGCCAGCGGGGGUCGGCGUGUCAGGGCCAGGCCUUGCCCUCGUCGGGGACGGUCGCCGUGGAGACGGGGUGCGACAGCCGCGUGGAGCCGCAGCAGGAGAGCUGGAGCUGCUGGAACAACAACGUAGUUUACCAGAGCGGUUCUUACAGUAACGGGCAGCACGUCGCCAACGCUGCUUACAGGGAAGAGAGGAGCGUUCAUCACCAGCAACAGCAGCUCAACAGCGCCCCCAGCUGUAAACCAUCAGAAGACGCUCAAAGGCAGCACGGCUUCAACACACAAACCGCCACAACCGGUCACAAUGGACCAACCAGCUGCGUAAACAAUAGAUCACACUUGGUCUGUCCCAUGAACGCAUCGCCCUACGUUGACCCCCGCAAGCCGAGCCAGGAGGUCUGGGAAGAGUUCUCCAUAAGCUUCACUCCGGCCGUGCGGGACGUGGUCGACUUCGCCAAGAGGAUUCCAGGCUUUCGCGACCUCCCCGAGCACGACCAAGUCGGCCUGCUGAAAGCCGGGACUUUUGAGGUGCUGAUGGUCCGAUUCGCCUCUCUGUUCAACGUGGCCGAGCGCACGGUGACCUUCCUGAGCGGCAAAUGCUACAGCCUGGACACACUGCGGGCGCUGGGUGCCGGCGAGCUGCUCAACUCCAUGUGCGAGUUUAGCGAGAAGCUGGCGGCGCUGGGGCUCGACGCCGACGAGAUGAGCCUUUUCACGGCCGUCGUGCUCGUCUCAGCCGAUCGCUCAGGGAUUCAGGACCUGAACGCGGUCGAGGCCCUGCAGGACAAACUGAUCCGGGGUCUGCGAAACCUGGUGAUGCAGAACCACGGCGAGGAGUCAGCCACCACCUUCACCAAGCUGCUGCUCAAGCUCCCCGAGCUGCGUUCGCUCAACAACAUGCACUCGGAGGAGCUGCUCUCCUUCAAGGUGCACCCGUGAAAGAAAGAAAAAAAAAAAAAAAAAAAAAAAAGCUUCUUCCACCUCAUCCACACACACAAACCCACCUCCACCUGGACCUGCCUCUCACUACGCCCUCCACACCCGACCAACCCAGUUGCGUGUUCGUUCCUAGAAUGUAUUCAAAGUUAUAUUUUAUUCAAGUAGACAUGGAGAGGGAAGAAUAUAAGAUUUACUGUAUUUAUGGAGAUCACAAAAAAAGUGCAUGUGUGUCGGAGAGAUUCUGAGGGCGCUUUUUUAUAUUUUCCCCCGAAAGAACGAAGAGCACUUGGCUUCAUGAAAUGAUGUGUGUAAAAACCAUGUAGUCCAUCCGAAAGCCAUUUAGUUCCAAAGUGUGUACUCUGAGGAGCGGGUGAGUGUGAGAGACAGUAUAAACCGGACACACCGCAUGCUUUGUUUGGUCCAAUAUUUUUGACUGACGUCGGUCCGAGGACGGAAAGCUGUCAGAAAAUGUGUCGACGAAUGUGUGACGACCGCUGCUAAUGCAUGGCUGUACUUAAUGCAAACUGUUAUUACUUGGAUCUUCUCCCCCCCCUCUCUCAGAAAGCAUCAGUUCGCAGUUUCACUGUAUAUAGUCUCGAACUUUAUCUUUUUAUUUAAAUUUUAUUUUUUUUAAUGUUUUAUGUAAACUGCCUGUCUGGUGAUUUUUCUGGGGGAGUCGGGUGACGCCAUAUAUUUUUUUUCAUCAACACUACAUUUGCACAUGUUCUGGAGCAGAAAGAAAAACAAGUAACAUGUAAAGGCUCCAUGUAGACAUUGUCACACGUGUUUCUGCUGUUUUACCCACUUUUUUUUAUUUUUUAUUGAGCUUUGUGUGCUUUCAGCAUAGCACUGAAUUUGAUGCGUUUGUCAUCCAUUUUGUUGAAAUAUCUGUUUCUUCAACUGGCAACAUUGCCGCAUGUAAAUAACUAUAUAAAUAUAUAUAUAUAUAUAUAUAUAUAUAUAUAUAAAUAUCGGAUGAACAUAGAAUAUAAAUAUGAUUAUAGUAUGAAUAAAUACAGGUGA